AUGACACGCCCCAGCAUAAGCCCAAGAAACUUUUUGUAAGAAGGGAUUCGUUACUAACAGAAUAUCCACAGAGCUUUCACAACCCUCACAGCAGACAACCAAUUCGCAGCUCUAGGAUUGAUGCUCCUUGGUUCCCUGGCCAGAUUCCAGACGGUGAUCAAGCAGGUCGCAAACGAGAUUGACCUAGCCCUGGAUUUGGAUCUUGAGAUUCCGGAAACAAAUCACGCCCAAGAAGGAAUCUCCGACUUGGGUCUUUUGCAGGGAAAAGAGGUUGUUGGUGUAGAUGAUGUGGGAGAAGUGGUUUCGAGAGAGGCGUUUGGACCAUUGGGAUUGGAGGGGGGAGAUGAGGGUGAUGAUGUUGAGGGCGAGGAAGAUAGAGAACUCUUGAGACGGAAGGUUGUGAAGGAGAAGAAGAGGAAAGAAGUCGUAGGAGUAGAGGAUGUUGACGGCGAGGGGAAUGAUGAGGUUUCGAAUUUGAAGAAGAAAAAGAAGAAAGGGAUAGAGAGUGGAGAAGAAUCUGUGGGUGUAGUAGGAGAAUCGACGAUGAAGGCAAAGAAACCGAAGAAGAAAAAGAGGAAGGGAGAUGCUUUUGAUGAUUUGUUUGGGGGGCUGAUAUGAAGUAUUGUAUGUAAUAAAU